CAUAUGUGGAAUAUAUGUGGCAUUUGAUGUUUAAUGGGAGAGAACAAAUUCUCAAGUAGGAAAGUGAGAAAAUGUUUCGUUCGUACUACAGUUACUCGCUGGUGCAGCUGCUCCUCUUUGCAUCCGUCUACGUGGUGUACUUUCGGAUGACGGAUGUCGGAGUCCUCGAGCCGCAGCAGGUGGAGCCGCUCACGGAGCGAGUGCCGGCCGAUCGUCUGGUGGUUUUCGUCAAGGACGGUCUGCGUGCCAAUACCUUCUUCGAGGACUACUGCAACAACUGGGCACUGCUGCGACAACUGUUCCUCAAAAAGGGUCUUGUGGGGAUAUGUCACCCCGCGGCGCCCAUCGAUUCGCAGUUCUCCUCCUACGUGGCCCUUUUCUCGGGCUUCUAUGAGGAUGCGGCAUCGGCUGUUCACAACUGGUUGCGGAGUUUGGCCCCAUUCGACUCGAUCUUCAAUCGCAGCAGCCACAGCUAUGCCUGGACCACGGCCCAUAUGCAGCAACGCUUUCCAGACAUCGACACAGUCACAGUUCCAAGUAACGAAAUCACUCCAGGCCUACGGAAGAACAGCUUCGAGAUGGAGGAAUCGGUCAGUCGGGCCGUGGAGACGUUUCUAUUGAGCGAAUCCCAGGAGUUGCAGGAGCGCACUGGACUUCUCUUCUUCGUGCAUCUGAUGUCGGGAGAAGAUGCCAGGGGUGCACGUGUCACGUCUGGCAAUCUAAAGUUCACGGAUAUCAAUGUGUGGAAAAUGUACAGUCGCUUUGAAGACUCCUUUCCAGACGAACGAACAGCCUAUCUGCUUACCUCCGACUUUGGGUUUCCACAAUCCACAUAUGGAUGUUCAAACAAAAGCAACAAACUUGUGCAGGCUCCCUUUUUCCUCUGGGGCUCUGGCGUUAAUCAUUUUACGACCAUUCGAGGCCGCAGCUUCGAAGCCAAUGCCCAGAAGAUGAAGCUGCCGCUGCAUGUGCUAAAUCCCAUUCAGCUGACACCUCUGAUGAGUGCACUUCUGGGCUUGCCACCGCCGGCAAACAAUCGUGGAAAUCUUCCAAGCGGGCUCCUCAGGACUAGCAGCCGCUAUGAGGCCAAUGCCAUGCGCACCAACGCCCUCCAGGUGCUGGCACAAGCGCGACACCUGUCCGAGCGCCAUAAGUCUGGACUCUUCUCCCGAGCCAUGCCAGCGCACUGGCUAAACUCCAAGCUGAUGGAUAGCUUCGUGAAGUCGAGUCUCGCACUGAAACAGCAGCAGCGCUUUAAGGCCUUGCUGGAGUACACCAGCAACUACAUGCCCGUGUUUGAUCAGUGCAUCAACUACUUCAUGGAUUACUAUCGCAUCGUCCUUUUGGUUUCCGCCUCCAGUGCGUUGCUUGGAUGGGUCUACUGCUUGCGCUGUCAUUUGGAGCGGCCUGGAGAGUCGGCCGACACUGGUGAGAUCUCGGAAGAAUUAUCCGACUGCCUGUGGGGAUCCACCAUCAUCUCUCGCGCGGUCACGCUCUUUCUCGUGGCCCUCAUGUGCCUCCAAAGAGUCCCCUUGCUGGUGCAGGCCGUUUUUCUGCUGCCUUCCCUGGUGUGGGUCUUGGCACUGAGAGCUCUGAAGAGUAGUAGCAACGUGGUAUCCUGUAGCGACUUGAUGUGGCCUCUGGUGCUUGCACAGAUCAGCCUCGGUGGCUUCUUUCGACGAUACAUCAUGGCUCUGGGAUACUUGGGCUUCGCUUGCUACAGCACUCGAGGGGCCUUUCGAGUGCGCGGGUCUCAGUUCUACCUGUGGCUGCUGCUGCUCCUAGUACUCGCAUACAUCUCCGUUCUUCCCGAAUCCAUUGGCUGCUCGCAACGCAACAUUCUACUGAUCAGCAUUCCGCUUACACUUGUGCGCCCCUUAGCCUUUGGAGUCUGUCCUGGUUUGAUAACGUGGCUGAUUAAUGGCGCAAUACUGCUGGCCGCCUUCGUCCAUGUUGCAGCUGCUCCGGUGCCCUGCCUGAUGGUUUUGGCGUCGUGGGUGUUCUUCUUCUAUAUCGCAUAUUUUCAACGGCGAAGUCUCCAGAUCACAGAGCUGAUCGUCUUCAACCUAAGCACGCUAUACACACUGACUUGCACAGCUUACGAGUCGCUGGUUAUCCAGAUGCUUGCGAUGGAACUGCAAUUGGGACUGAGACUGAGGAGCACCGACGACCAAUGCAUCCCAGCAAAGACGGCUGCCCUGCACAUACUGAUAUACAGCUGGUACUCCAUCUUCGUGACUGGCAGCAUUCCUGCAUUGGUUGUGGACUUUGUCUCGAUCCUGAACGAAACCUGUUUCGGCUACAAUCUCUGGACGAGUGGCCUGGUGCUGACGUUGAAGAUGCUGCUGCCCUGGCUCCUCAUUGUCUGCAUCCUGGGAGGGGCGUAUAAAGAUUUGUGGUCCCAGGAACGCCAGAUCUUUGCCUGGCUGAUGUUCAUGUGUAGCACCAUGUCCGUUGGGCUCCUGUUGUGCGUCGUCAAUCACGGUUCCGGGCGGAAAAUCGGCAGCAGCGUCGCGGCCCUUGCCGUGGUACAGGUAUUCCCGUUUCUGUGGCUGCAGCUGUGGCGCCUGGCGCACUCGAAGGUGGCCAACAAGUGGAUCUCCCAGCUUCCCACGCAUUCAAAUGCGCCGCAUCAAGUUAAACAACAUUUAAAUCUUUCCGCCUAGCGAGCACUCUGCCAGGCUGGUAUUUAUAUGGAAAUAAAAUUAGUUUUUCUUCACGCGGUCACU